AUUCCGAACCACCGACUUCGGGAUUUGAGAAGUGGUGAUUACGGUCCAGGAUUCUUUUGGAUAAUGCUCACACCAAAGGAAUGGCUUACAGAUGACCAUAUAGAUGCAGCAAUGCAUAUGCUGAGGAGGCGACGCACCGACUAUCCACUGACAUUUCCUCAGAAGGGUAUCAUUCUCUCCACAUUCGUGACCGCCAUGAUCAGCAGUGCAUGGACGAGCCACAAGGGUCCGAGGAAAAACUUUAAAUGGGAGGAUUAUAUCCUGGACUACUGCACAGGGGCUCAUAAGUCCCAAGUCUUUGAGAGAUGGAGGGGUAACGAGUUUAUUUACUUCGUUCUGAACCUUCCCACGGCAAGGCACCGGGUCACGGUUGAAGUCGACAUGUAG